AUGGCGGUGAAGAAGGCUAGCGAGAUGUUUUCGAAGAGCUUGAUCGAGGACGUUCACAGAUGGGGAUGCAUGAAGCAGACGGGCGUGAGCCUCAGGUACAUGAUGGAGUUCGGUUCCACUCCCACUGAGAGGAACCUCCUGAUCUCGGCGCAGUUUCUUCACAAGGAGCUUCCGAUUCGGAUCGCGAGGCGUGCGAUCGAACUCGAGACGCUGCCUUAUGGCCUCUCUGAGAAACCUGCCGUCUUGAAGGUAAGAGAUUGGUAUGUGGAGUCAUUCAGGGACAUGAGAGCAUUUCCUGAGAUCAAGGAUACUGCUGAUGAGAAAGAGUUCACACAGAUGAUUAAGGCCGUCAAAGUAAGGCACAACAACGUGGUUCCCAUGAUGGCUCUUGGUGUGAACCAGCUGAAGAAAGGAAUGAAACUCUACGAAAAACUUGAUGAGAUUCAUCAGUUUCUUGAUCGCUUCUACUUGUCGCGUAUAGGAAUCCGUAUGCUUAUCGGGCAGCAUGUUGAGUUGCAUAAUCCAAACCCACCACUUCACACUGUGGGUUACAUACACACCAAGAUGUCUCCUAUGGAGGUGGCAAGGAAUGCUAGUGAAGAUGCAAGGUCGAUUUGUUUCAGAGAGUAUGGUUCUGCUCCGGAGAUAAACAUAUAUGGCGAUCCAAGUUUCACCUUUCCGUAUGUACCAACCCAUUUGCAUCUUAUGGUGUAUGAGCUAGUCAAGAACUCUCUACGUGCUGUCCAAGAGCGAUUUGUUGACUCUGAUAGGGUUGCACCACCAAUCCGUAUCAUUGUUGCUGAUGGAAUCGAAGAUGUUACAAUAAAAGUCUCAGAUGAAGGUGGAGGUAUACCGAGAAGCGGUCUCCCCAAAAUAUUCACCUAUCUUUACAGCACUGCAAGAAACCCGCUUGAAGAAGAUGUGGACUUGGGAACAGCUGAUGUACCCGUGACAAUGGCUGGUUAUGGUUAUGGUCUGCCAAUUAGUCGCUUGUAUGCUCGAUACUUUGGUGGAGAUUUGCAGAUCAUAUCCAUGGAAGGAUACGGGACUGAUGCUUACUUGCACUUGUCUCGUCUUGGAGACUCGCAAGAGCCUUUGCCAUGA